AUGCAAGUGGCGUCUUGCACAUUCCAAAGGCAUGCAAAUGACUCACCACAAACACUUAGGGAUGGAACGUUUCACUUUUAUCACACCAAGAAUGAUAUCAAUGUGUUUAAAACAUCCACACAAGUUUCGGGAGAACCAAGUAUUGUACGGGGAGAAGGAGUUUGUGAAAAUUUGAAAGCUCACGAUUUCAUGAAAGUCUAUUUGGGUGUGAAUACAGAAAUGGAUCCAACAGUGAAACGGAAUGAUAUUGUACAUGAAUGGUCCGACGACGAAGGACAUUGGAAGUUGAAUUAUUUUGUCAUGGGAAUUGGACCAAUGGUUGCUGAUCGGGAUUUCAUUCGAGUGUAUCGUAUCAUUGAAAAUCCUGAACAGAAUGAACUCGUGUACACUUCAACUUCGGUCGAUCAAGACUCUUGUCCUGAAACGAACAUUCAUUCAUUCCUGCCAAGCAAUUUUAAAUUUCAUUCGGGAGCUGUCAGAGGAAAUGACAUGUUCACCACACUCCGUCUUUCACAAUGUGCAAAUGGUGAUUUAAGAAUGUCCUAUGCACAUCAAUCCAAUCCCAAUGGAUGGGUUCCCUUAAGCAUUGUGAAUGCAGCCAUUUUGACUGUGCCUCAAGCUCUUUGUAAAACUGCAAAAGCCCUAAGAGCAACACUGAAACAUCUUCGAGUGGAUGAUGAGCUCUAG